AAUUUUAUAAUUAUUUUACAAAAACUCAUUUCCCUCAACGUGCAUUCCACAUCUUAUGAAUUUUUCAAAAUCUGUAUUCACAAAUUAACAAUUUUAUUUCUUGCAUACAACGCCACCUUUAAAACCCACCCAUAAAAAACUUCUUCUAUAUGCAAAUUCAAAGCUUAAUCCUAGCUAUAAUCUUCUUGUCUUUGAUAAUUAUAUUCCAUGGCACACAAAAAAACUCCUCCAAUAGCAUUACCACCGCGUCCGUCGCCGGAAAACAAUCCAACUCCGCCCUCUCCUUCGAUUUCUUCAUCCUCUCCGAGAUCACCAAUCUCACCUCCACGCCCAACGAUCUCUCUCCAACAGCCGUCUCAUCGAAAAGGUCCAUCAAAGUCGGCAAAACUAUUUCGCCGUUUCCGAGCAGUUUUCCGGUCAUUUCCGAUCAUAACACCGACUUGCAAGAUCCCCGUAUCGCUCCAUGGAAGCCGACUUCACGAUGGGCAUAUUCACGGUGGGACUAGAAUGACCGGAACCCUAUUCGGUCACCGUAAAUCUAGGGUUAAUCUUGCGAUACAAGAAAACCCUAGCUCUCUUCCAAUUUUAUUGCUAGAAUUAACAAUACCAACCGGAAAAUUAUUACAAGAUAUGGGAAUGGGGCUAGUCAGAAUUGCACUGGAAUGCGAAAAAAAGCCGCACGAAAAGACCAAGAUCGUGGACGAACCGAUUUGGACGAUGUAUUGUAAUGGGAGAAAAUCAGGUUAUGGGGUUAAAAGAGAGCCAACGGAUGAAGAUUUGGUAGUAAUGCAAAUCUUGCAUGUAAUCUCCAUGGGAGCCGGGGUUAUACCGGACGACGGAGCGGACCAGCCGGACGGCGAAUUAACGUACAUGAGAGCGCAUUUUGAACGUGUUGUUGGAUCAAAAGAUUCAGAAACAUAUUACAUGAUGAAUCCUGAUGGGAAUAAUGGACCAGAAUUGAGCAUUUUUUUUGUCAGGAUUUGAUCGAUAGUUAAUUAUUAUUAUGAAUGAGAAAUGUAUUCGAUUUGGUGUUUCGAUCUGAAAUGAAUUUGGGUUGAUGAGCAAAUUAACCACAAGGCAGUGGACCACUCCAUGUUGGUUCGAUCUCUAGUGGCUAGCUAGCUAGUUACGGCUCGAGUUAUGAUGGGUCAUAUAUGCUUGAUUGCAACCUAAGGAAAAGCCUUAAUUAAUUACUGCUGGUUAAUUGGUGAAAAUCGAUUGUAACAUUUUAAGGGAGUGUAAAAAAGUGAAAUAGAAAUAGUGAAAGAAAUUACUUGUAAUCAUCAUUUGAUGAUCAUUAAUUUGUGGGAAUGGCUAGACCUACAGUAAAUUUAGUUUUGCAUUC